UCGUUUUUCUGAAGCGACAGAAUCGAGACCAUUUACGAAAAUUCGCCUGCAACGACCUACCUCUCCAGCCUCUCCGAACGCAACAGUGAAACUUGAACCCCUUGACAUACCCGUAAGUCCCACCGAACUAUUCUCUGACAACAAUCUCAUGAGUCUCCAUGAAGAAGAGGACCCAGGUGGUAGUGUACGAGACUCUGAAGAUCAGGACUUGAAUUUCGGUAAUAUGGAUGGCCCUCCAGACUUGACGGAUGGAGAAGAUCAGGACCAAAUGGAAUUCGUACCCACGGACUUUUUGGAACAGGAACAGGAUAUUGUCGAGGAUUUAGAACCAGAUUCAAGCGCAGGUGAAAGGGAGGAGUUAAGGAAAUCGUACAAUAGUGAAGACUGUGAAGAUGAUGAGAUGGAUGAAAAAGAAACGACAAGAGAGAUAGUAGUAUAUAAAGGGACAGAAAACCCGCCAGCGGAAAAGUUAAAGAACCCGAAGAAAGAUAAGACGUUAUAGUGAUAAAAUAGGUUCAGGCUAUCUUCUUAUGAGAGAACUCAGUGCGCAGGCUUCAUCUAUGAUUUUUUCUGUUUUAAUAUAUUUUUUGUUGUUGUAAAACCACAUGGUAGAAAACUAAUAGGUAUACUUACAAUUAAAUUUUUCGUAAUAAUUGUUCGGAUAGUCAACAUGAAGCUCCUUAUUCUUGUUUUCCUUUCUUCAUUGUUGACAUUUCAAUAACGGUUUUGAACGAGAUAUGCCUGUGUUUAAUAUUACUAUCAGAUUAAUUUUGAUUACUUUUUGUAUAAAGUAAGUGUGAUAUAAUACGUAAUUUUUAAAUCGCUUAUAAUCAUAGAUUAUAGCAUUUAUUUAAAGAGACAAAGACGUUUUAAAAUGAACUUAUGUUCUCUAAUUAAAGUCUUGAUAUUACAAAAAAAUUCUAAACUAUUUUGGUUUUGUCAAUCGAAUAUUAUACAUUUUUCCUUGAUUUUUAUAUUUUGUUAACUAUAAUUGAAAAAUUGUUAAGUCAUAUUGUGGAUUAAUGACGUUCAAUGUUUAUAAUAUUACGUUCACCAGAAAAUGGCAUUAUUUUUCACCAUCACAUGUUUAAAUGCAAAUAUCUUAAAAUCUGUUAUUUUAUGAUUGACUUUUACAUAUUAACAAUUUAUUCGAAGUAAAUCUUGAUUUGAAUUUUUGUAGAAGUCAUGUUGUAGAAUUGAUGAGAUUCCACUUUAGAUGUUAUGUGCGAUUUAAAAUGAUUUCGUUUUCGGUGGAUAUUUUCUGCUUUCGAAAAUCUGUGACAUUUCAAAUGUCAGCGAUUAUUAAGGAAUACGUUUAAUUUCCAUCAAGCAACUACGUCUGGAAUGUGUACCUACUAUUAAAGAUUGAAAUCUACCUUAUGAGAUCAUGACGAUCAGAAAGAAUAUGUACAUUGUAAGAAUUUCUGAAGUAAUAUGGCUUUGAAAUAAAUCGUCAUCAGAACAA